AUUUUAUUACCGGAAUUUGCUCAUUAACUAAAUAAAUAAUAGAUAAAAAUGAACCUUCCAGGUUUUUGGGAGAAGGGGUAAGUUUUAAAGCGAAACUUAUCGGAAUUUUGGAAGUAAGUGAAGCACGUGGUGAUCGAAUGUGUCAAGAAGCACUCGCCGAUUUAAAAAUGGCAAUACGUGCAGCUGGAGAACAUAAACAACGCAUUACAAUUCAUGUGGCAAUUGAUGGUCUUCGCUUACGAGAUGAAAAAACUGGAGAUUCUCUUUAUCAUCAUCCUGUUCAUAAAAUAUCGUUCAUCGCUCAAGACAUGUCUGAUUCAAGAGCGUUUGGGUAUAUUUUUGGAUCACCAGAUACCGGACAUCGAUUUUUUGGAAUUAAAACCGACAAAGCUGCAAGUCAGGUAGUCAUUGCCAUGCGAGAUUUGUUUCAAGUCGUUUUUGAAUUGAAAAAGAAAGAAAUUGAAUUAGCCAAACAACAUCUUGAACAAAAAUCAUAUGUUUCAAAUUCAAAAAUAGGUUAUCUUGGAGAUUCACAUUUAACAUCUAAAAUGAACUCAAUAAGUGAAUCAAGCGUGUCUGGGAAACUAUCAUCCACCAGUGAUUCCAGCAAAGGUGCUAGUGGAGGACCCGCACCAGAAGCAAUUGCCGAUUUAGUAGACUUGGAGUUAGAAUUAAGUAGUAUACAACAAGGUAUCCAUCAAAUGGAACGAAUAACACCGUCAGAUCCAUUUGGUCCCAAUAAAGAAGAUCCUUUUGUAUCUGAUCCAUUCGGAGAUUCUUUUACAAGUUUUCCCAAGCCAUUUUUACCACCACCUCCAUCGGCUAAAGAAAGAUCGAAUCGUGUUGCUAGUGAAUCUGGUAGUAUAUUUAGUCCACGUCCAGGAUUAUUAUCUGCUAGUAGUGAUACAUCACGACAAGACAGUUCAAUGUUUGAUAGUCCUACGGAUAAUUCCGAAUGGUUUUCUGCAGGGUCUUUUACAAAUGACGAUUGUGGACCUGCAAGUGCUACUUCAACUACUAACGAAAGUGCUACAGAACAAGCUUCAAAACAUGAAGAAACUAAGAACCAAAUUUUAGCCCAAUUUGAUGUUUUUACCGAACUAGAUCCACUAGGCACAGGAAAAAUAAAACCAUAUGUUGAUAAAAAAUUAUUUUUCCAAGAAUUAAAAAAUCCACCAAAGAAAGUACUAAAAGAUUUAGUACCAACAUCAAGUGUGCUUCCUGCAACAACGGUUUCUACAGCAAGUGCAACCACGACAACGGAAACCGCAAAACCGUUCAAGGCAAAUUUUGAUAAAAAGACUGAUUCAUUUCAAAUGGAUCCAUUUGCAGACGAUCCAUUUGAUAAAGUGGAUCCAUUUGCAGAAGAAGAAUUUCGACCGCAGCCACAGGAUCCAUUCAAUACAGACUUUGUGGUCGAUUUUAAAAUGUAUAACAAACAAGAAUUAAAACCAAUACAGAAUACAUCGUUAGCGUCUAAAACAGAUACAACUAAAGAAUUAAUUGAUUCUUUAAAAUUCCCUCCAAUCGAAAAUAUUUUAGAUGAUAAUACGACAUCGGAAAACAACUUUUCAAAAUCACCAAGUCAAUCGAAAACAGUUUCUUCAAUUGAAAAACAUAUAACAUCCAUUGAAAAACAAUUUUCUUUGCAAAAUUCUGCAUCUCCAUCUAAGUCAUUAUUUUCAAAACAAAAUACAUUUGACUGUAAAUUUGAAUUCCCGGAUAAACGAAAAGAAUUAUCGUUGUUACACGAAAAUCCAAGUUUAGAUUUAUCGUCGGAAUCGGAAUCAACAGCUCCAGAACCUCCUCCACGCCCAUCAUCAAAUAUAACACCUACAAUUAAGCCUCCUCCGCUCCCUCCGAAAAAACAACAAACUGAUAUGUUAAUGAAGCCUCCACCUAGACCUCCACAUACAGAUCUAGAUUCACAUUACGAUUAUAUUGAUGGUGAAAUGAAUAGUUUGGAUUCAUUAGAUAAAAGUCCACCAUUACCAGUGCCUAGUAGGAAAUCUCAAAAAUCUGAAUGGGAAAUUGGAAUGGCACCACAACGACCUAAAAAAACACUUUCAGUUACAUCUAGUCAAGAAGAUUAUUUAACUCCAGUUGCACCUCCUCCCUUACCUCCUCAGAAAAAAGAUACAACAAGAAAAGACGCACCUAUAUUACUUCCGCCCCCACAAAAACGUGAAGUAUCAAAAAAGAAAUCACCUGUGAACUAUGCAUCCCCUACUAUUAAACCACCAAAACCAGAGCCUCAACCUCAACCUGUUGAAGAUAUUUCAGAUAUUACGUUAACUGAUUUAACUACAAGUGGUUUAGAUAAAUUAGCUGCAAAAUUAAAUGUUCCAGCAAAUAAGUUAUCAAGCAUGACUUUAGUGGAAUUAACAGCAUUUUUACAAGAAUACAUUUCGAAUCGUAAUAAAUACUAUGAUCAAAAAAGUGGUCAACAAACAGAUUCCACAUUUCCCACAUUUAAAGCUGAAUUUUCUAUGAAUUUUAGCGAUUUUAAUGAUAGUACAAAAGUAACUGCAACAAAUACUGAAAAUUUUGAUCGAUAUGCAGUAUUUCGUGAACUUUUAGAAAAAGAUGAAGCCGAAAAAAGUGCAAAAAUACCUACGGUUUCAACGCCAGAAAUAAGUACAACAAUACCUGAAGUUAUCACGGAAAAUAUUCAGAAUAUUAAAUUAAAUGAUGAAAUACCUGUAAAAGAUACAAACACUACACCGUCAGCUGAUCGAUACGCCGCUUUACGUGAAAUUAUUGUCGAAGAUUUAGAAACAAAUGUAGAAGAAAAAGAAUUGAAUAUUGAUGUAAACGAAGAUGAAAUAAAAAAUAAAGAAGACAAAAUUGUUGAGCAUCAAAAUGAACAAAAUGAUUUGAGUCAAGUGACCAAUAAAGAAGAGGAAGAUGUUGACUUGUUUCAUUCGAUUGAUAAUUCAAUAUUUAAUUCAGAAAAAAUCAAGGAGUCGAAUAUUAUUGAAUAUCGAAAAUCAAUUGAGUUAGAAAUGAAUGAAAUACCGACAAAAGAUAUUGAUAAUGAAAUAACCGUUGCAAAAUCGCCAUCAAAUAAAUCACCAAUUCCAAUUACAGAAAUUGUAACACAAUCUACGAAUCAUUUAACUUCGGGAUCAUUGUCCGAUGUAAUUAGCAACUCAUCACCUGAAAUGGAUAAUCGUUCUCCAGAUGUAAAGAAAAAGGAGACAACAGCGGAAAGUUGGGCAAUAUUUGAUACACCUAAAAUUCAAAAACCGAUGCCGAAAGAAAAGCAUAAUCAAAGUGAAGAAGGAAUCAGUCCAUGGUCAUCUGAUUCUAAGGAAUUUACAAACACAUCUCCAACUGUUGAUUGGCGUAAUCGAAAAGAUUCAGGUGGUAGCGGCAGUGAUAAACAAUGGCCAAAACAACCAAGAAAUAAACCUGAUGCUGAUAAUCGAGGUUGGUGGGAUUCAGAAUUAAAAUUACGUGGAAAAUAUGACAGUCAUCAAUUAUCUCGAGAAGAAAAAGAGCGACAUCGAAGAUCAACUGACAGUUACGAUGACGAAUAUGAAAUGGAGAGAAGUUAUCAUGGUGGGCGAGAUAGACGUAUUAAACAAACUUCUAGUUCAUGGAAUAGAGGUCAUCAGUCGUCAUCAUCUCGUGAUGUUUCACCAUGGGAAGAGGAACCUUGCAGAGAUUGGAAUCGUCGAAGAGGACCUCCACAUUCACGUAAAAGUAGGGAUUCGUGGGACGAAGAAGAUGAUUAUGAAUAUGAAGCCGAUCAUCCCGAAGUUCGUUGGUCAAAUAGAAGAUCAGGGUCUAGAGAACGGCACAGUCGACGAACGGGACCUGUUGAAGAUGUUUGGAGCAUGGAAGAUAGGCGACAUGGUCCUCGACGGCGACAUAGACCGUUACCUGAUUCCGAGCAUCACUGUUGCGGAGAUUGGGAACAAGAUUCCGAUGCUGGAUACAUCGAAGAGCCUAGAUAUUCAAAUAGAUACAGCCAAGAAAUGUGGAGAGAGCGUGAUAGGAAAAAAAUUUGUGAUGAAGAUAAAUAUUAUUCAAGAAAUCAUCCUGGUCAAGAGUCUUGGGAUGAUGAAUAUCCAGUUGAUGAAGAACCACAUGGAAGUCGAUAUCUUACAGCCAAAAGAAAUUGGAAAAGACCUUCAAGUGCUUCAGAAAUGGAUAGGAAAUCUGGUGAAAAUAAAUCAAAACAAAAUCCGUAUCAUAUGGUAAUGGCUAGCAGUGAUGGUGAACGAGAACGGCGAUACAAAACUACUGGCCGACGGGCUCGCAGUCGGGAUUCAGAAAUAACAUAUAAUAGGCAUAAGUUAGAUCCAGGUCUAACAUUGAGGCACAGGAGCAGAGAUAGACAUCCAAAAUCUCCAUUCGAAGAUGAUUUCUCUGAACAAUCAUUAGAUACACCUAGUCCAAAAACAAAAUAUGGUUUUAAUAUAACCAAAACUAACAAAAAGUCUUUAACUAGUCCAAAGUCUGAUAUGGAAUCACCACAAUCCAAUUUACCAAAACAACGGCAUUCACAAAAUAGUGAUUUCGAAGCAACAACGCCGGUAGGAAAUUUUAAAUUUGACGAUUUUGUGUCCGGUAAUGCAGAAAAGUUCGAAUCUGAUAAUUUUGAUAAAGAUGGCCCUCCAAAGAGUACCAAAGCAACAUUUGAAACAGAUUUUUUUGAUAAAGGAUACAGAAAACCACCUAAUACUCGAGAACAACUAUUCUUUGAUAAUGAAUAUCAACCAGAGAAAGAUUAUCGGCCAUCAAGGACAAAAAUUAAUUUCCGACAAGAAUCACAAUUUGAGGAUGAUUUUUCUCCAACAGACAAACCGAGUGAUCGCGAUAGUGAAAAUGUUCGUAUAGCCGAAGAAACUGUUGAACGUGUGGAUGCAUUUACUUCGAAGAAUAAUUUAGAUAAAAGUGUCAAUUUUAAUGAAAGUAGAAAACAAAAAAGUUCGUUAGGAAAACGUUUAUCUGGAACAAUGCGACAAGAUUUGAAUUUAAAAAAGUCUGAAUCGAUUAAUAUAUUUGCUAGAGAAAGUGAUCCGUUUGAUGAUGACUUCUUUAGUAAACCGGAAAAUGGUGCUGUGGUUAUUACUCGUGAUCAUAAAAAUACAAUAAAUGAAUCUGUACAGUGGUCGGAAGAUUUUGAUUGUUUUGAAGUUAUAGAUGAAGAUCAAUAAAACUAUUUAUAAAAAGAAAUACUCACACCUAACUAAUUUUUAACGCCAUCACACCGUUAAUAUAAUGUAAUUUGUUUUUAUUAAUGUUUUAAUCAGCAAUUUUUA